AUGUUAAACCUUAUUGCGUUUCUUGUAACUAUAGCCUGUGUCUUGUCAGGCACACAGGGCUUUGAAGUAGAAUUUCGUCUUUACACUGACUCCAGUCGUGACUCGUAUACCGUCGUCGAUAGAAACGACCCAGAUAGCUUGCACGAUUCUACCUUCAAUAGUCGUGACGAUUCCAAGUUUAUCAUUCACGGAUAUCUAGAGAAUGCCGGAAAACCAUGGAUUAUAGAUAUGAAAGACAGACUUCUGGACUACGAUGACUAUAAUGUAUUCGCUGUUGACUGGAAAGGGGGUGCCAAUGAUGUUUAUUCCAAAUCUGCGAAAAAUACCGAUGAAGUCGGAUAUGAGAUUGCAGAGUUCAUACAAUUUCUAGUCGACGAGACACGCCAUUCUUCCAAUCAAAUUCACCUUAUCGGGUUUAGUCUUGGUGCCCAUGCCAGUGGGCACGCUGGUCGUCGGAUCCCCGACAUCGCCCGCAUUUCCGGUUUGGAUCCCGCUGGUCCAGCUUUUGAGGGGGAGUCGACUUCAAUUCGUUUGGAUCCAAGUGAUGCUAAGUUCGUUGACGUUAUACACACAGAUGGAGACCCUCUGAUCGUUGGUGGAUUCGGAGCAUGGAGUGAGUGUGGACAUGUGGAUUAUUAUCCGAAUGGUGGUAAAAAUCAACCAGGGUGCAGCGGGGAGGAAUCGGUUCAAUAUAGUGACGAUUAUGUCCACCCGUACGGAGGAGAGAUAUGCGACCAUGGUAGAGCACACGAACUGUACGCUGCGUCCAUACAUGACUGUGAGUUCAAAGCAUACCCAUGUGAACCCGGUGAAGAAUGCGAUGAGUGUGGCGGCCUGAACGGCUGUAAUGAAAUGGGAUUCCAUACUUCGAAAUCACCAGAAGGCAGCUUCUACGUGAAAACGACAGGCACAGCCCCAUACUGCUAAUACUGCGAUAGUAAUAAUAAUAUCAGUGUCGAUUCGAAGAUUUAUUGUGUUAAUUUGCUUUCGGUCAAUUUAUUUGAACAUGUUACUUGAUGCACGGAUAAAAAUAUACUCAUUACUCUUGUCUGAAAUUUA